CACUACUAGUAGGAGGAGCGGUGCCCUCGCGCUCCCACUCCCCCCCACUGCCCCGAAUCCCGCGUCGCCCGGUGGAAGCCCUCCGGACUCCAGCGCGGGAUGCGGCAGUGCUGAUCCGCGCUCGGAUCUCGGCGGGGGUGUCGGUGCCCGGGGGGCGCGGGUGAGCUCAGCUUCUGGUGGUGGUGAUUGCGGCGUGCGCCAUGGACGGCGACGCGGAUGCCGUGAAGUCGGGGAGGCACGGGAGCGGGCAGGCGUGCCAGAUCUGCGGCGACGGCGUGGGCACAACGGCGGAGGGCGACGUCUUCGCCGCCUGUGACGUCUGCGGUUUCCCGGUGUGCCGCCCCUGCUACGAGUACGAGCGCAAGGACGGCACCCAGGCGUGCCCCCAGUGCAAGACCAAGUACAAGCGCCACAAGGGGAGCCCAGCGAUCCGCGGGGAGGAAGGCGAGGACACUGAUGCUGAUGAUGUCAGUGACUACAACUACCCUGCAUCUAGCAGCGCUGACCAGAAGCAGAAGAUUGCUGAUAGGAUGCGCAGCUGGCGCAUGAAUGCUGGGGGUAGUGGAGAUGUUGGCCGUCCCAAGUAUGAUAGCGGCGAGAUCGGACUCACCAAGUAUGACAGUGGUGAGAUCCCUCGGGGAUACAUCCCUUCAGUCACUAAUAGCCAGAUCUCGGGAGAAAUCCCUGGAGCUUCCCCUGAUCAUCAUAUGAUGUCUCCUACUGGAAACAUCGGCAAGCGCGCUCCAUUCCCCUAUGUGAACCAUUCACCAAAUCCGUCAAGGGAGUUCUCUGGUAGCAUUGGAAAUGUUGCCUGGAAAGAAAGAGUUGAUGGCUGGAAAAUGAAACAGGAUAAGGGCGCAAUUCCCAUGACCAAUGGGACAAGCAUUGCUCCUUCUGAAGGUCGGGGAGUUGGUGAUAUUGAUGCAUCUACUGAUUACAACAUGGAAGACGCCUUACUGAAUGAUGAAACUCGCCAGCCUCUCUCUAGAAAAGUUCCCCUUCCUUCAUCCAGAAUAAAUCCUUACAGAAUGGUCAUUGUACUGCGUUUGAUUGUUCUAAGCAUUUUCCUCCACUACCGUAUUACAAAUCCUGUACGCAAUGCCUACCCGCUGUGGCUUUUAUCUGUGAUAUGUGAGAUUUGGUUUGCUUUGUCCUGGAUAUUGGAUCAGUUCCCAAAAUGGUUUCCAAUCAACCGUGAGACCUACCUUGAUAGGCUGGCAUUGAGGUAUGACAGAGAAGGUGAACCAUCUCAGUUGGCUGCUGUUGACAUUUUUGUCAGUACAGUCGACCCCAUGAAGGAACCUCCUCUUGUUACUGCCAACACUGUGCUAUCAAUUCUUGCUGUUGACUACCCGGUGGACAAGGUCUCUUGUUAUGUAUCUGACGAUGGUGCUGCAAUGCUGACUUUUGAUGCAUUGGCUGAGACUUCAGAGUUUGCUAGAAAAUGGGUUCCAUUUGUUAAGAAGUAUAACAUUGAGCCCAGAGCUCCUGAGUGGUACUUCUCCCAGAAAAUCGAUUACUUGAAAGACAAAGUCCACCCUUCAUUCGUUAAAGACCGCCGUGCCAUGAAGAGAGAAUAUGAAGAAUUCAAAGUUAGGAUAAAUGGCCUUGUUGCUAAGGCACAGAAAGUCCCUGAGGAAGGAUGGAUCAUGCAAGAUGGCACACCAUGGCCAGGAAACAAUACUAGGGACCAUCCUGGAAUGAUCCAGGUUUUCCUUGGUCACAGUGGUGGCCUUGAUACUGAGGGUAAUGAGCUUCCCCGCCUGGUCUACGUGUCUCGUGAGAAGCGUCCUGGGUUUCAGCACCACAAGAAGGCUGGUGCCAUGAAUGCUCUUGUUCGUGUUUCAGCUGUGCUUACUAAUGGACAAUACAUGUUGAAUCUUGAUUGUGAUCAUUACAUCAACAACAGCAAGGCUCUGCGGGAAGCUAUGUGCUUUCUUAUGGAUCCAAACCUAGGAAGGAGUGUCUGUUAUGUUCAGUUUCCACAAAGGUUCGAUGGUAUUGAUAGGAAUGAUCGAUAUGCAAACAGGAACACUGUGUUUUUCGAUAUUAACUUGAGGGGUCUCGAUGGCAUCCAAGGGCCUGUUUAUGUGGGGACUGGUUGUGUUUUCAACAGAACAGCUCUAUAUGGUUAUGAACCCCCAAUUAAGCAAAAGAAGAAGGGAAGUUUCUUGUCAUCACUAUGUGGGGGCAGGAAGAAGGCAAGCAAGUCAAAGAAGAAGAGCUCGGACAAAAAGAAGUCAAACAAGCAUGUAGACAGUUCUGUGCCAGUAUUCAAUCUUGAAGAUAUAGAGGAGGGUGUUGAAGGUGCUGGAUUUGAUGAUGAAAAAUCACUUCUCAUGUCUCAAAUGAGCUUGGAGAAGAGAUUUGGCCAGUCUGCAGCGUUCGUUGCCUCCACUCUUAUGGAAUAUGGUGGUGUUCCUCAAUCUGCAACCCCAGAAUCUCUUUUGAAAGAAGCUAUCCAUGUGAUUAGUUGUGGCUAUGAGGACAAGACUGAAUGGGGUACUGAGAUUGGGUGGAUCUAUGGUUCCGUGACAGAAGAUAUUCUUACUGGAUUCAAGAUGCAUGCACGAGGCUGGAGGUCAAUCUACUGCAUGCCUAAGCGCCCAGCUUUCAAGGGAUCUGCUCCCAUCAAUCUUUCAGAUCGUCUGAACCAAGUGCUUCGGUGGGCACUUGGUUCUGUUGAAAUUCUUUUCAGUCGCCAUUGUCCCAUAUGGUAUGGCUAUGGUGGACGCCUUAAGUUCUUGGAGAGAUUUGCCUACAUCAACACCACUAUUUAUCCACUGACAUCGGUCCCACUUCUCAUAUACUGUGUUUUGCCUGCUAUCUGUUUGCUCACUGGGAAGUUCAUCAUCCCAGAGAUUAGCAACUUUGCUAGUAUUUGGUUCAUCUCUCUCUUCAUUUCAAUUUUUGCCACCGGUAUCCUGGAGAUGAGGUGGAGUGGUGUUGGAAUAGAUGAGUGGUGGAGAAAUGAGCAGUUCUGGGUUAUUGGAGGUAUAUCUGCGCACCUGUUUGCUGUCUUCCAGGGUCUUCUCAAGGUUCUUGCUGGUAUCGACACCAACUUCACUGUCACCUCAAAGGCUUCUGAUGAGGACGGUGACUUUGCUGAGCUCUACAUGUUCAAGUGGACAACGCUUCUCAUCCCUCCUACAACCAUCUUGAUCAUUAACCUGGUCGGUGUCGUUGCUGGUAUCUCAUAUGCAAUCAACAGCGGUUACCAAUCAUGGGGGCCACUCUUCGGCAAGCUCUUCUUCGCCUUCUGGGUGAUUGUUCACUUGUACCCCUUCCUCAAGGGUCUUAUGGGCAGGCAAAACCGCACUCCAACCAUUGUUGUUGUCUGGGCAAUCCUCCUGGCUUCCAUCUUCUCAUUGCUGUGGGUUCGCAUCGAUCCAUUCACCACCCGUGUUACUGGCCCAGAUACCCAAACAUGUGGCAUCAACUGCUAAGAAAGCAGAGGAUUGUAGAGAAAAAGAAACACUGCCAGUUGUGUUUGCCACCAAUUGUGUUUUAAGUUAUUAGGAGGUGGCCUUAUUUACAGCUACGUACAGACCAGAGGAUAUUGUUCAUCAGAAAGUUGUGUUGAUAUGUAUUCUUUUGUUGAUAAAGUUAUAUACUGUUUUGAUGUGAGUGGCUGACACUGUCAACGAGUUUUGUAUCUUAUGAAGGACACAAUAAAUUAUUAGUUCGCAUUCUUUA